GGGCUGAGAACGCAGCUCUGCAGGACAGCUGGAAACACACUACUUUGGUACAGAAGAUACCACUGAAAAUAGUGUGCACAUCACAGAACAGGUGUUUUGGCAUCCAGGACUUAGGACCAGUGUAAUACAGGAGAGAACACCCCAGGGAAAGAUGAGACCUGGCAUACUUACUUGUCUGCUGUUCUUGGGGGUGGCCUGCGUGUCUGCACAAGGACAAGGGUUGCAGAAUGGCAAUGCUGUCCUAAGUCAUUCUACGAGGAAAAUUCGCAUAGGGAAGAAAAUCCCCAGCCCAGUGCCAAAGAUCACACCAGAUGAGUUCCAGGAAUGGACGACCUGGUUCAACAUUGAUCAUCCAGGGGGGAAUGGGGACUAUGAGCGUUUGGAUGCCAUUAAGUUUUACUAUUCAAAUCGGGUUUGCAAAAAACCUCUGCGCAUGGAGGCACGGACUACAGAAUGGGUGCCAGCCAGCAAGACAGGAGAAGUGGUGCAUUAUAGCCUGACUAAGGGGUUCUGGUGCAUCAACAAGGAACAAGCCGAAGGCAAAAACUGUUCUAAUUAUUCUGUCCGCUUUCUGUGCCCUGUGGUUUUAAGUCCCACAGUCCCAAAAGAAGGUUGGUCAGAGUGGUCAGCAUGGAGUGCAUGUACCGCUGCAUGUGGCAGUACCAGCAUGCAGAUCCGGAGAAGGACCUGUCUAGCAGAGGACUGGUGGCAAGAGCACUGUAAUGGGCCCACAGAGGAGGGGCGCAGGUGUACCGGCCCGGCAUGUGCAGUGUGUAAUAUCAGCUGUCCCAUGGGCAAAGUGAGUGCAGACUGCAGUGGAUGCGAAUGUAAGAAUGAAAUAUUGUAUGGGAAAGUCACAUUGACAGAUGGAGCGCCCACUGCUGGUGUGAACGUGUAUCACAUCUCCAAGAAACCCAGAGUGAAAGCUGUAUCAGAUGCCCAAGGAGAGUUCCGAGUGGUGGGAUUGUGCCCAGACACCAUACUGCAGCUGAAACUGGAAAAAUAUUCUGUUGUCAGUGUAAAAAUACCUAAGAGAAAUGGCACAUCCUCAUCUAUCAAUAUUACUUUGAAGAGAAAAGAAAAGCCAUACAUACUGGAGAACCCUGAGGCCAAGCUGCGUCGCGUGGGCCAAAGUGUAACAUUCUGCUGUAAUGCUGUGGGAGAGCCAGCCAUAGAGCAGUAUCUGUGGUACCACAAUGGGACCCUACUGGAUCAGAGUGUGCAUAAAUCCAGCAACCAGUUGGUCCUACGCAAGCUGAAGAGGAAUCAAGCUGGGGAUUACUACUGUAAAGCCAAAAAUGAAGCUGGAUUUGUGAAAUCCAGUCCCGCAAAGCUCACACUUAUGGCUAAUGAAGCCAAUGCCUGUAAUCCAAAACCAGAGAAACAUCUCAUCCGACUUCCUCAUGACUGUUUUCAAAAUGCCACAAACUCAUUCUACUACAAUGUGGGAAAAUGCCCCUUGACUUCCUGCCCUGGAGAUCUGGACAAUGGUCUGCGGUGUAAGGACACCGUGCCCUACUGCUGUGGAAUCACUAACACAAAAGUGAAUGAGGUCUCUUGUCAGGGUUAUGUUCUUCCAAUUAGAGUGGCUGUGGAGUGUGGGUGCCUUAAAUGUACAGAGACAAAGAUAAUUGUUCGUGGGAGAGCAGUAGCAUCUGAUACUGGAGAGCCACUUCGAUUUGGCCAUAUAUACAUGGGGAAUUCUAGAGUCAGCAUAACUGGGUAUAAGGGUACCUUCUCAAUCCAAGUGCCUGCAGAAACAGAGAGAUUGGUUCUCACUUUUGUUGAUCGUUUACAGAAGUUUAUUAACACCACAAAAGUUCUUCCAUUCAAUAAAAAAGGAGGUGCUGUAUUUCAUGAGGUUCACCUUCUCAGGAAAAAAGAGCCAGUGAUAUUGGAUUCUAUGAAGACUAGCCAAAUAGCACUUGGAGAUGUAGAAAUUGGCGACCCCAUAGCUGAAUUGGAAAUCCCACCAAAUUCUUUCUAUCGACAAAAUGGAGAGCUCUACAAUGGAAAAGUACAGGCCAGUGUCACAUUUUUAGAUCCACGAAAUAUAUCAACAGCUACUGCUGCUCAAAGUGACUUAAACUUUGUCAAUGAGGAAGGAGACACUAUGCCACUACGCUCCUAUGGAAUGUUCUCAGUAGACUUUACUGAUGAGAAGGCAACAGAAUCUUUGAAUGCCGGUGCAGUUAAAGUCUACCUGGACUCCAGCCAAGUCAAAAUGUCGGAACACCUUGAGACCAUGAAAUUAUGGUCUUUAAAUCCAGAAACAGGCCUUUGGGAGGAAGAGGGGGACUUCCUAAAGACAGGAGUUCGUCGUGGUAAAAGAGAGGAGAGGACCUUCCUCGUUGGCAACAUGGAAAUUAGAGAGAGAAGACUUUUUAACUUAGAUGUACCCGAAAGCAGAAGAUGUUAUGUGAAAAUUCGUGCAUAUAGAAGUGAACGAUUUCUGCCAAGUGAGCAAAUUGAAGGUGUGGUAGUGAACUUAAUAAAUAUGGAACCUAUGUCAGGAUUUUCUUCCAAUCCCCGAGCUUGGGGACGCUUUGACAGUGCCAUAACUAGUCCAAAUGGAGCAUGCUUACCUGCAUUUUGCGAUGAUAGAACCUCAGAUGCCUACUCUGCAUUUGUAACUGCCACUCUGGGAGGAGAAGAGCUGGAAGCAGUGGAAUCUUCCCCCAAGUUUAACCCAAAUAUAAUUGGUGUUCCACAGCCCUACCUAAAUAAAUUGAAUUACAAAAGAACAGAUCAUGAUGACCCCAAAGUCAAGAAGACAGCUUUCAGCAUCAAUGUAGCUAAACCAGGUCCAAAUGUUGCUGAGGAGAGCAAUGGUCCUGUUUAUGCAUAUGACAAACUUCUAGAUUGUGAAGAGGCACCUUACAGUGCUGCACAUUUUAGAUUUUACAGAGUAGAAGGGGAUAUAUAUGAAUACAACACUGUCUCUUUCAAUGAAGACGACCCAAUGAGCUGGACUGCUGACUAUUUAGCUUGGUGGCCCAAGCCAAUGGAGUACAGGGCUUGCUACAUGAAAGUUAAAAUAGUUGGUCCUCAAGAGAUUAUUGUGAGGUCCCGAAACAUGGGUGGCACCCACCCACAGACUGUUGGUCAGCUGUAUGGCAUUAGAGAUGUCCGGAGUAUCAAAGACCAGGAGCAACCCAACCUCUCAACAGCAUGUGUGGAAUUCAAAUGUAGUGGAAUGCUGUAUGAUCAAGACCGAGUGGACCGCACACUUGUGAAAAUUGUUCCACAAGGAAGCUGUCGACGAGAAGUUAUAAAUACCAUGUUGCAUGAAUAUCUUGUCAACCAUCUACCAAUGGCAGUUAACAAUGACACCAAUGAGUACACAAUGCUGGCCCCACUUGAUCCACUUGGACAUAAUUACGGCAUCUACACUGUUACUGAUCAGGAUCCAAGAACAGCCAAGGAGAUAGCACUGGGUAGAUGCUUUGAUGGUACCUCUGAUGGCUCUUCAAGGGUGAUGAAAAAUAAUGUAGGAGUAGCUCUUACUUUUAACUGUUUGGAGCAAGAUGUGGGACAGCAAAGUGUGUUUCGUGGUAAUGGAUUGGCAGCUGCAAGUGCCGCCAGGCAAGGAGGCAGACCUGGAAGGCAACAAAGAGCAAGUAGCAGAUCAAGGUCUACAGGCAACUCCCUUUUAACAAGACAACGCAGUCCUGCACAGUGACAACUGAAUUAAUGUCUGGUCAGAUAGUUAACACACCCCUAAACUUCAUGGGCUUAUUAAAGCUUUCUGCAAUUUGUCAGGACUGAAUUCUCUUUUUAAAAUAAUUGUCUCAGAUGAGAUGUGAGGAUUGAUAAAUGAAUGUAUACAAAUAUCUGUAUUCUUAGCUUCUUUUAUUAUUCAUCCAAUAAUUAUGAGAAUUAAGGUAAUGAAAUAACAGACAUGAACAUCCAAGGAAACAAAAAGAUCACUGCUUUCUAUAGUUACUUACAUUUUACAGCAGGCAGACGUUUUAUGGAACAAUGCUUUUCUUUAUCGGUCUUUAAUAUGUUAAAAGAAAAUAUCAUUAAUAGCACAGAGACUUCUCGCCUACGCUCUUCAUUUUUUCAUCUGAAUAUAUCUGAGUUAUAUAUCUGACUUAAUGACUUCCUUCCUUUUGUCAUCCUUUGGAUUGUACUUUUCAGCAGUGAGAACUACCAGGGGACUGAUUGAAGAUUGUAUUAUGCAUUUUCCACUACUUGAUACCAGUAACAACCUUCCUGAUGUUAAGCCCAUUGAAGGUGUAAUAUGGAAUUUAUAAUCAUACUAGAAUGUUGCCUCUACAAUGUGUGGGACAUAAGUGGCCUAUAUAUUGCAGUCUGUAGAAGGGCACGUCUUUUCCACCUUUAUGCAAUAUUAGAAUCCCAGUGACUCAGAAGAAAUCCGGUCACAGACGUCUCAUACUGGAGUCAAAGGCUACAGCUGUAAUGGUAUUUUCAGACAUUACUAAUAUCAGAGAAAGAAAACUGUGUGUAUUGGUGUCCAUGUUCCCAAUUUACAAAGCAUAUACCAUUUUUAACUUAAUUUAUUUAUCUCAAUGAAGAAAUGUGACAUCAUCAAAAUACAAACGAAACAAAAGAAUGGAUUAUAAAGCUGCUUUCCACUGUGCAUUAGCACCCAGUGUAAGGUGAGCAGAGAUCAAAUGGAAAUUAUAGAGGGGAAAUGCAAUUACCGGCCUCCGCAUUGGGAAUGGAGUGACUAUUUGCCAGAACGCUGACUAAAAAUAUGGUUUCAAUAAAUGUUCAGUCUAAAAUGUGUUAUAUACAUCAGUUCAGUUGCACAAACUGGUUUGCUAGCUUCCUUUCUUGGAUUGGUCAUGCAUGCCCUUGGGGGAACAUUACAUUUCAAACUGUAAUACUGUACUUGAAAAUGUAAAUAACAUUAUAUUUAUUUCCUUUUUUAUUUCUUGAAUGUAAUUGUUAGAGUCUGACUUUUCACUUUACUGGGUCAUGUUGGGACAGUGAAAUAAUAAGAUAAUUGUUACGACACUUGAGAAUUAACUUUGCCAUUGUCACACUAAAUAUACAACAUAGUUAAUGAAUAAGUAAUACUUAUGGCAUAGAUUAGAGUUGUCACACUUGUAGUAUCAUUGUCUACGCACAUGGGAGAAAGACAUUAUGCAGUUAAUGUAUCUAGCAGUGCUAGCAGUGCAGAAGUGGACCAGUGGAGAAGUUGCCAUGGCAACCAAUCAGCUUUGAGGUAGCAUUUAUCAAGUGCAUGCUAUAAAAUGAUAGGUAGGUACUGAUUGGUUGCUAUGAGCAACUUCUCCUGGGAGUCCUUCUGUGCAUGCACUUUCCGAAGCUAUGGUCAAAACUCUGAAAACUGCAUUUUCUGAGAUCUGACUGCAUUUUUUGACAUUGCGGCAUCCCACCCUUUGCAUGAUAAUGUAGCCAAUAAAACCAUAAGGAGCUUGUAUGAUAAAUGAGGCAUAUGUUUCCUCAGUGACAGCACUAAUUCCUUGUAAAUUCAUUAGUUUGCAUUUUCUUGUAUACUGACUUAGCCCAUAAAAUGGCUGCCUUUGCUGAGUGUUGGCAGUGGGUUCACUUUAGGACAGUACAUAUCCCUUUUCCAUUGUUCUAUGCUUCCUGCUAUUUCUCUAUGAAAUAAAUUGUAAGAAUAGCAAAAUGGAGCAUGACAUGAAAAAGUAACAAAUACUGAGGAACAUUUAUGAAAACUUGUGCCGAGGUAAUUACAGCAAGAAUACAAUUAACAUCUAGUUAAAUUUAGUCACAUGCUGUUGUCCCCAAUUUAGUGUUGGUUGCCAUAGUUAUGCUAAUGCUAGUAUCAGCCCUUCCCCUCGUGUACAAUUGUACGUCUGACUGCGCACGGCUUGAGAUGCCCAGUUGGUCCUUCUUUACACAUAAUAAUCCUGCUUGGUGCGGCUUUAGAAGCUACCAUUGGGUGCACCAUCAAAACUUACACCUGUCCUAUGCUAGGUGCUGAUGCUCCAUCAGAGUAUGGUCUCCAAUGUAAUUGAUUAAGCGUCUGAGGAGGAGAUACAGUAUAUAAAGCAGUAAAAAGAAUGGAGAAGUGAGCCAGUGGAGAAGUUGCCCAUGGCAACCAAUCAGCUGCUACCUAUUAUUCUAAAGAAUGCACUUACUGUACCUGAGAGCUGAUUGGUUGCCAUGGGCAUCUUCUCCCCUUGUAAACUUCUCCUCUCUCUUCACUGCUUCAUACAUCUUCCCCUGAGCAUGGAACAAGUUACCCAACAUGCCCGUAAGACUGAACACCCAAUACAUUUCUGAGGCCAUGCGUCUCAAUCACAGCUGCGCCUCUGUGCAUACACUCGGUAGUACGCAUGCUGUGUGAAUUUUUAACGACUUAGGGGUAUGUGCAAUUGAAACACAUUGACUACAGUAAUUGUGUGAAUAUCAGCAUUGCAUGCGACAGAAUCAGGCCUUACUGUAUAUGUUCUUUAUACAAUUACCUCUGCAAUGAUUUUGCUAGAUGUCCCCAUUAUGUCAAAAAACGUCAGAAGUAUUUAACAUAAUGGGUCAAAUGUAAUUAAGCGCAAGGUUCUAUUGGAACUUUAAGCCCAAUUCAGCAUGAAUCGCAGAAGUGCAGAAAUUGGCAAUUGCAGUCAAAGUCCCGGCGGGGACGGGAACGGGAACGGGGUGUUGGCACAGCAUUUAGUAGGCGUUGAUACGCCAUUCUGAGGGUGCUUCACAUACAGCCGCUGCAACCUGAAACAUGGCUGCCCUGCGACUGCCUUCGCAGCUAGGUUGCCUAGACAAGGGGCAACCCGUUAGAUGCGAGCACAUUUGUUGUAUAUCGAUGCACUCACAUUUUAGUGGAGGGGGGGGAGACAUGAGUUGUAGUUUUGCGAUUUCUUGCAAAACUACAACUCAUGCUGAAUUAGGCCCUUUGUGCGAAGUGCAACUGUGUAUAUAUCAGGUAACUGCGGGAGGGAAGCUGCUGUUUUUCAGUUUACACCUCUGCAAUAAUCCACAAGUCUUGUUUAUGUACAUUAGCAGGUGUUUAUAUUCAAAAUGUGUGUACUCAAAACUUUUAGCCAAGAAUCUUGUAUACUUUCAUAUAUUUUUUAACUUACUUAGAUAAACUUUGAAAUUCAAUAA